UCAAUCCUGAGCACCGAACACAACUUCCAGUCUCUGUACUGCAGUCAUCGUUCGAACAGUCCCCUCCCAGAUAGCACCAGACCCCCGCCAACUUAGACGCCACGAUGGCUUCGAGAACCGGCCGUCCGCCCAAUUACUACGCGAUCCUCGAGGUCCCAGAAACGGCAACAACGAGCCAAAUUCGCGAUGCCUACAAACGCGCGGCCCUGAAAACCCACCCGGACCGCAUCCCCGCCGACCACCCGCAGCGCGCCGAACGAACUCGCAAAUUCCAACUGGUCAACGACGCCUACUACACCCUGUCGGACAGCACCCGGCGGCGGGACUACGACGCGCAGCGCAAGUUCUAUUAUCCCCAGCCGGGCGGUUUUUCCACAGCAGACCCGUUCGCCGAGGAGAACACCGGCGUGCCCCCACCACCACCGCCAGGCGCAGGUGGAGGUGCAGGAGGGCCGAGCCCCGCCGGGACGGCGUUUUCAUGGGCAUGGAAUUUCUUUACCGGCCAAGGCCAGGGGCGCGCCGAUCAAGAUGCGGACCGGGAGCGGACCGAGAACGAGCAGUUCGCCGACGUGUUUGAGGAGAUGCUCCGUGAGGAAGGGAUGGCGGACCCUGCUGGCACAGGGCGGCCGACAAGCAAGUUCUGGAGUGUCCUUGGCGGGCUGAGCGGCGGCGCGCUUGGGUUCAUUGUCGCCAAUGUCCCCGGCCUCGUUGCGGGCGCCGUGGCAGGGAACCGGCUUGGCGCGGUCAGGGAUGCGAGGGGGAAGAGCGUGUAUGCGGUCUUUCAGGUGAGCUUUUCAUGUCGCGGGCGAAUUUCUAGAGGAGAUAUGAGGGGCAGAGUGGUUGGGAGUGAGAGGUUGACUGGUCAUACAGGAACUUCCGCAGGGCGACCGCGCAAGGUUGCUUAGCCAGUUGGCGGCAAAGGUGUUGAGCCAUGCUGUUGGGACGUAAUGGGUUUGGUGUUUCAGGGUGGCUGUUGGAUGGCUGAUUGGGUUCGAACGGGACAUGGAGUUUCGGAAUUGUUGCAAGGACGGCAUUCAAUGCUGUCAUUGAAUACUGGGCGCAUAUACAUCCUCAUUGCUGUUUGUGGAGGCACUCUUCGGUCUUUUCUCCAGGGCGGUCUAUUUAAGGGAUAAACAGAUAGUUACAUAUCUUCAUAAAUGAUAAAUUCGUCUUGCAAAUG